ACCCAUUUCACAUAAUAACAUGUAACUGGAAUAGCACACAACAAAAUAAGAAAUGUCAAUUCAUAAAUACCGGACCAUCUUACUUUUUUAUGAAUUAAGCAACAACAAGGGACUUACGAGAUCAUUCAUUGAUAGUUCGCUUAUAAUUGUAUUAUUCUUAUCAAUCCUCUAAUUUGGCUUAUCUUGAUUAUGAAAAAAAUUUAUAUGUAUUUUUUUCAUAUAAUCAAAGAAACAUAUUUGAUCUACAUAUAAAAUUUGAUGAGAGUUACAUUAAUGGUAUAUACUAAUAUAGUGGAGAUAAUUUGUCUUUGUUUCGGAUGAACGGGAUAUUCUCAAUACGAUUUGAUUACCUUGUCAUGGAAAGACAACUAAUAAUAUGACAAAUUAUGAGCUUUACCAUUACUUUUGCCAACCAUUUACUAUAUUGGUUAAAUGUUAGAAUGAAUCACUAAACUAAGAGAUUUGAAACAAAAAGUGGCCAUCCAACUUAAAGUCUUAACAGAAUGCUCACAAAACUAAAUAGUUGCAACAAAUAGUCAUCCAAAAUCACAUCACAAAAUGUUACUAGUUUGUCCCAUUAGUCAACAUAUCAAAUAGACUCCAUGCUUCACCAAAGUCACACCCCUCCAUUACCUUUUGCAUGUAAUUGUAUCUACGAUCCAACUGUUAGUUUGUGAUAUAAGAUUAUUUGUUGAAUCUUUUUAUAAAACUCGAGUUACUGGAAUCAACUGGUUCUUGACAUGUUAUUAUUGUAUCAAAGUUUUCUGUAACUGAUAUGUCUUCUGUUCGAAUUUAAUAACCCUCAUUGGUAAGCACAUAGUGUCUAAUGCACGUGCAAACUUCAAGUCUAUGAGAGUGGCUUCGGUGGGAGGAGGGCGUGUUAGUGUGUGAUGUAAGAUUCACUAUUAAACAUCUUCCAAUAACUCGAAUUAUUGGGAUCAAUUGGUUAUUGACGCUAACUACAAAUAUUCAACCUGGAUUAAUUUGGGAUUUGUAAAUCUGAUUGCAAGUUACAAACUCAUCUACCAAAUUAAUUAUCGAUAUAUUCAAUCAUACGAAAUAAAGUAUAGUGACUAUAUUGUUAUAAAUUUCUUAGUAUAGUCAUCAUUUGGUUAAUAUUUGCAAUCUAGUGAUAUUUUCUUGAAUGAAACUCAUAGCCGAUGCAAUCCAUUGCACAUAAAUUGGAGCUCUCCAUCUCCAACUCUUCUUCCUACCAAACUCCCAUCAAUGGCUUCAAUUGGUACAUUCACAUUCCCUCUGCCAAUUCCAAUUCCUACACUCCGUAACAGAACGAUCAAAAGAAGCUCCAUAGCAAUCUCAUGCAAAAAGCAACGCCACGACCACCAUCUCCCGCCGGGACCGGCAAAGCUCCCCCUGAUCGGAAACCUGCACAACCUGUUCAUUGGCCGGUCACCUCUGCCACACCACGCCCUCCGGGAACUCGCCGACGAGUACGGCCCUCUGUUCCACCUCCAGCUCGGGGAAGUUCCCUCCGUCGUCGUUUCCUCGCCGGAGAUCGCCAGGGAGGUUAUGAAGAUCCACGACCACGUUUUCGCCGACAGGCCAAGGAUUCUGGCGGUGGAUAUCGGCACUUGGGGCAGCCAGGACAUCGCCUUCUGCCCGCUCGGCGAUUACUGGCGGCAGAUGAAGCGGAUUUCGUUAACCGAGCUUCUGGGCGCGAGAAAGGUACAAGUUUUCUCAUCAAUCCGCGAAACAGAGGUUUCGAAUCUAGUAGACUCAAUCCGCACCUCAUCUCAAAACGGGAAAACCCCAAUUAACAUCAGUGAAAAGAUUUACAGUCUGUUCAACGUCGUAAUCUGCAAGACCGCGUUUGGCACGCAUUGGGAAGAAGACGACAUAAUACAGUCGAUGAGGGAGGCUGCGCAGGUGGCCGGAGGAUUCCACGUGCUCGAUUUCUACCCUUCGCUGGAGUUCUUACACGGGCUGAGCGGGCUGAAAUCGAAGAUCCUGAGAAUGAGAGACCAUAAAGAUGUGAUCUUGGACAGAGUUAUAGCAGAGCAUAAACAGAGGUUUGUGCAGAGACGGCGAGGCUGCGACGGCGGCGGUGGGAUUGAUGAUGUGGAAUCCGAGGACGGUGAGGAUUUCGUGGAUGUGUUGAUUAGGCUUGAGGAGGGUGGAGGGUUGCAGUGUCCCAUUACGAAUACAAGCAUCAAAGCCGUCCUUGUGGACUUGUUCGUCGCCGGAACCGACACUUCAUCGGUAGCGGUGGAAUGGGCGAUGUCAGAAAUGAUGAAAAACCCACGAGUUCUAAGCAAGGCACAAUCCCAAAUACGACAAGCUUUAAAGGGUAAAAGUACAAUAACGGAUAAAGACCUACAAGGUUUGACCUACUUAAAAUCAGUGAUCAAGGAAACUUUCCGACUUCACCCAUCAAUCCCUCUCCUAAUUCCAAGGGAAAGCAACCAAGAUUGUGUCGUUUCUGGGUACAGAAUCCCCGCCAAGACAAGAGUCAUAGUCAAUGCUUGGGCCAUAGGGAGGGACUGCGAAACCUGGGAGGAUCCGGAGAGCUUCGUUCCCGAGAGGUUUGAUGGAAGCGAGAUCGAUUUCAAAGGGAUGCACUUUGAGUUGAUCCCGUUCGGUGCUGGAAGGAGGAUAUGUCCAGGAAUAUCGUAUGCAAUCGCUAACAUCGAGCUGCUUUUGACGCAUUUAUUGUAUUGGUUCGAUUGGGAGCUUCCAAAUGGACUGAGGGCUGAGGAUUUGGAUAUGAGUGAGGUUUUUGGACUUGCUGUGGCUAGGAAGGAUCAGUUGUAUUUGGUUGCCAAGCCUUAUGAGGCAAAGGAUUUGGAUAGUGUGGGUGUUGAAAUGGAGGUGGUCAAGGUUGAGUGUUAAUCGAUUAAUUAGUCACCAAAGUCUACUGAGUAGAUUAGUUCCUUAAAGAUGGAAACUUAAGUUGGGUGAAAAUAACAAUACUUCAUGAUUUAGAGCAUAAUGUUGGGUAAUGUUGCAGCCUAAAAAAUUGAUUCAUUAUUUUUUUUAGCAUUAUGGUUGUAACUUGUAAGAAAAUGAUAUCAAAUUU